AUGUUAAAAAGAUUUAUCCAGAAUAUAUUUAAUUGUUGUUUAAUACAUAAUUUAACUGUUGUUUCAUAUAUUUAAUUACCCUUUAAUAUGUUUAAUUUUUACCGUUGGCAAUACUAACUGUAGUAUAAUUGAUUGACACUGAGCAGGGACCAAUCACAAGCCGUAUUUUUGAGCUAAUCCCGCCCCUUUUGCUGAACUGACCAAUCAGAAGCGAGCAGACGAGCCCACACUCCGUUAGUGUGUGAUCCGCGGACAGACAGGUAACGGGAUGGACGCGUGCGGAUUAUGUCUCUAAAAACCUCUUAAAACCAAAAUAAACACUACCAAACACUAUAAAAAAUGGAUGUAAGUUUGAUGUUAGCCGCUGUUAUCUUCACGUUACUGGCCAUUGUGGUCGCUACGUCGAUGUUUACGGGCACUUCGCCGUCUUCGGACUACGGACGGAGACCGGCGGUGAGCGUAGCCGAGAAGGAGCGCGCUCCCCCGGCCACGCACAACGGACACGUCCCCCCCUCUUCCCCGGAGCGAAAGCCGAGUAAACCUGCGGAGUUUGACUGGAGUGAGAUGAGUGGCAGCUCGCACGAUCACUGGGACGUGGUGAAAAAUGUGCAGUCGGAGGAGGAGCAGCUGAGCACAGACCUGUCCAGACCUCCGUCCAGCUCCUCCUCAGGCCGCGGCUCCUACAUCAACCUGUCAGACUCCGAGCUCCUCAAGUGCGCCUUCCCUUUACCACAGACAGAGGGCGCCGCUGAGAGCUCAGACCACACCGACAAAGUGGACUCAAACUCGAGUUUCCGGUACCUCCCGGGGAAAUCUCGCUCUCAUCAUUUACAGAUGAUGAUGUCCAAAGACGAGCUGGAGGAGGAGCAGAGGGUGCAGAGGGAGCAGCUGGCGGCCAUUUUCCAGCUCCUCAAGAACAACCAGGAAACAUUUGGAGACGUUUCUCAGAACGACAUGGAGGAGCAGCUCAGACUCUACUCCAUCUGAAACACACACG